AUGCAGUUGGCACAUCAGCUGGACAUAUUUCUGGAAUGCACGGUGACCCUUCUGUUAUUUAAAAAUGUUAAAAAUGCUGGAGACUUGGGGAAAAAGGUCAUGGAAGGCACCAUUAAUGGUUCACUGAUAAAUCCUACAGUGGUUGUCGAUCCAUUUCAGAUACUUGUGGCAACAAACAAAGCAGUUCAGCUCUACAAACUGGGAAAAAUGAAGACAAGAACUCUUUCUACAGAAAUUAUUUUCAACCUUUCCCCAAAUAACAAUAUCUCAAAGGCUUUGAAAAAAUUUGGUAUCUCAGCAAAUGACACUUCAGUUCUAAUUGUUUACAUUGAAGAGGGAGAAAAGCAAAUAAAUCCAGAAUACCUAAUAUCUCAAGUGGAUGGCCAUCAGGUUUCUCUGAAGGAUCUUCCUGAAAUAACAAAUGUUAAAGAAAUCAAAAAGAUAUAUAAACUGUCUUCACAAGAGGAAAGGAUUGGAACAUUACUGGAUGGUAUCAUUUAUAGAAUGUCAACAAAAGAUGUUUUGUGAA